UUUAAGCGAAUCGAUUAGGUCGAACGUGCCACCGUCAACACUACGCUUUUAAUAUUCACGAGCCGUGCCAUCGCCAUAGUAGGACUAGCAAAUUUGCAUUCAGAGAAGCAGCGGAGGCGAUCGCGCCUGUCAACACGACCCUGACGGAUUGUGAAAAACUCUUAUUUUGAUACAUUUUGGAUCAGUCGCGAUUUGCAGUGUUCAGUGAUCGUAUCGGGACCUUAUCGCGCUGUUUUGUAUUCGAGGUUUGGAAAGUUGGAGUCAUCGCGCGAUAUCGCGCUGUUGUUGUAAUCGGGCGCUAUUUUCCUGCCGCUUUUAUGUACGAUAUCAGAGUUGUUUUCCAUAACUUGAUUCCGUCCCCUUGUUUGCACUUGAAUGCUUAUGCUUUUAUUUGGAGGAUUUGAAUUAGCAGCCCUCUAAGCUGCCCUACAGCCAACUAGGUUAUUCACCGAUGAUCCUUUCUGCUGACUAGUAUCACUUGCAACAAAUGUAACAGAUGUUCCAAAUGCAAUCCGUCGGAUGAAACAUUGUAUCAUUCGUACCCGCCAAAGUGCACAUGCAUUUGUGUCGAUACUGGAUUAUACGUCUCAUUCCAAAUGCACCGUCUAGUGCACAGAUGCAUGUGUGUUUUAUGUGUGUCCGAGCUUUGAUCUCCCGUGUUUUCCCUCUGGAUUUGAUGCACACAUUGUGAUGAGUGAAGUCUGGCCUUUGGACUCAAUGGGCAUGCAGUCUCACCUCUGUUGUUGUGAUGAUGCACAUGUGAGGAAAUGUCAUUUUCAGCAGCAGCAUCAUGCAUCCUCCUGAUGGCCGAAACAGCAGCAUCAGCAGCCGGUUGGGUGUCCUCAUGCCCAGCGCCGUUUACCCCUCUCUGGUUGUGGGCAUCGCGGCGGCGGUGCUCGCCUUUCAGCUCGGCUCUGGGGGUCUCACUCUCACCUCGUUUUUCCUCAAACUCUUUAUUUAUGUGUCCUUCGCGUUGUUCUGUUUUCUCCUGGGGAGCUUUGUGCUGCUGGUGAGGAAAAGUCCCCCCAAAAUCAGCAGAUUUGACACGGCUAAAAGACAGUCAGUACAGCUGCUGGAGUUAUUUGAGAAGUUAAUGGGCCGGUUCUGUGGGCCUUUGCUGGAUUUUUCUCAGACCAGGAGGGUUGUGGUGUCUCUCAAUGUGGAUAAAGCUCUUAAAGAAGUGUUUGAUUACAGCUACAGGGACUAUAUUCUGUCAUGGUAUGUCCCAUUGAGUCGAGAUGAGGGUCACCUGUACCAGAUGUUGUCAGAGGACUUCUGGGAAAUGACCAAACUGCUGCGAAUGCGUUUGUCUGAGGUGGAUGUGGUCAACUUAGUCUGUAACGAAACAGUCAAGACCCUCCACACGCAUUUCUGUGACCUCAAAGCUGCUAAUACAAGGCUGGAGGAGAUCCCUCGACCCUUUUCGUUGCAUCCCUGUCUGCACAGUCCCGAUGACGAGCUGCGUUUUCUCCGCUGCUGCGCUCGCUUGCUGAUGCUGCGUCUGCUGCCCGCGCGGGACGCUCGAUCUCGCAGUCUGCGCCUCUUGCUGGUCGAGGUCGUUGCUACUAAAGUGCUGAAGCCUUUGGUGGAUGUGUUGAGCGAUCCAGACUACAUUAACCGGAUGUUGUUGGCUCAGUUAGAGCACAGAGAGCAGCUGAAUGAGCAUCAUAAAAAGGCGUACACGUAUGCGCCGUCCUACGAGGAGUUCAUCAAACUCAUAAGCAGCAGCUCAGAUGUCCAGUUCCUUAAACAGCUCAGGUAUCAGAUAGUUGUGGAGAUCAUCCAGGCCACAACUAUCAGCAGUAUUCCACAGUUAAAGCGUCAGAAAGACAGUAAAGGUAAAGAGGCAGCGGCUUUAAAGGCCGACCUGUUGCGUGCCAGAAACAUGAAGCGUUACAUUAACCAGCUGACAGUGGCUAAGAAACAGUGCGAGAAACGCAUCCGGCUCCUCGGGGGUCCGAACUAUGAACAGCAGGAGGACGGAGCUCAGGAUGAUGGGGACGGUCCACAGAGCCAACGGAUACUUCAGUUUGAGGAGAUCAUGUCAAACUCCGUAUAUCGGGAUCAUUUCCGUGUCUACAUGGAGCGUGUGGAUAAGAGAGCCCUGAUAAGUUUCUGGGAGCUGGUGGAGAUGCUCAAGAGCGCCAAUAAGAAUGAAGUGCCACAGCUGGUGGGAGAGAUCUAUCAGAACUUCUUUGUGGAGAGCAAAGAGAUCCCGGUGGAGAAAGCCCUUUAUAAAGAGAUCCAGCAGACGCUGGUGGGGAACAAGGGUACGGAUGUGUUUCACAGGAUCCAGGGAGAUGUUUACGAGACAAUGAAAGAGCGAUAUUACCCAUCAUUCCUGGUAAGCGACCUGUACGAGAGACUCAUUAAACGGGAGGAACAGAGGAGCAGCUCACAGUCCAGCAGUGAGGAGAAAGAUGAUGUCGGUCAGGUGAUGGAGGGCGGUGAUGUGACCCUGGAUGAGGGCAGUAAAGGGAUCAAUGAACAGGCCAGUUACGCCGUGACCAAACUACAGCAGCUGUAUGAGAGACUCGAGUAUAAGCGUCAAGCUCUGGGCUCUAUUCAGAAUGCACCCCGACCUGAUAAAAAGAUUGUGUCAUUGCUAAAGGAAGAAAUCGGAGCGAUGGAGAAGGAACACGGUGACCUUCAGCUGCACAUAACGCGCACGGACUGCUGGUGUGAGAAUUUGGGCACCUGGAGAGCCAUCAUCCACACUGCAGAGGCGUCGGAGGAAAACGGAGAGCAGAUGGCAUUUUACUCUGUAUCCGUGAGCCUUUCGGAAAGAGACGACUCCCAGAACAACUGUUGGAGCGUCGUCAGGAAGCUCAGCGAGUUUCAUGCGCUACAUCGGAAGUUGACGGAGUGUUUUCCAUUGCUUAAGAAAGUGCAGCUUCCCUCGCUCAGCAAACUGCCGUUCAAAUCCAUCGACCAAAAAUUUCUAGACAAAUCAAAAACUCAGCUCAACACAUUUUUACUGAAAGUGCUGACAGAUGAGCGCAUGUGUCAAAGUGAAGCUCUUUAUGCCUUUCUGAGUCCAUCUCCAGAAUAUCUUAAGGUCAUCGACAUCCAGAAGAAGUCCUCUUUCUCUCUCGCGUCCUUCCUGGAGAGACUGCCAGGAGAUUUCUUCUCGCACCAAGAGCAAGAUGAAGCUGACGAUGACAGCGAUCUGUCCGAUUACGGCGAUGAGACGGAUGGAAAGAAGGACGCUCUGGCUGAACCCUGCUUCAUGUUGAUCGGAGAGAUAUUUGAACUCAGGGGCAUGUUUAAAUGGGUGAGGAAGACGCUCAUUGCACUAGUUCAAGUCACGUUUGGAAGGACAAUAAAUAAGCAGAUCAGAGACACGGUAAACUGGAUUUUCAGUGAACAGAUGUUGGUUUACUACAUUAAUAUAUUCCGGGACACGUUUUGGCCCGACGGGAAACUGGCACCUCAUAACAAAACCCGAUCCGAGAGCGAACGCAGGGAGACUAAAGAGAGGGCACAACAGAAGCUUCUAGAUAAUAUCCCAGAUGCUCUUCAGAAUCUGGUGGGGCAGCAGAAUGCUAGAUAUGGGAUCAUCAAGAUCUUUAAUGCACUUCAGGAGGCCAGAGCCAACAAACAUCUCCUCUAUAUCUUGUUGGAAAUGCUUCUAAAGGAACUUUAUCCUGAGCUGAGUAUUGAGGCUGUGCAGGCCUGAACAUCACAUGAUGACUUCACCUCUGCAUCCACUUUUUCUUUACUGUACUGAAGGAUGUUUGUGUUUUUUUAUUUCUGAAACACUUGACACUGUAGUGCUGGAUCGUAGGAGCGUCACAGCUUCAUAAAUGACAUGAAUAUGUUUUGGUUUAAAUAAUGUGUUUUUCUCUCGUCUGAUUGGAGGAUCAGGACGCAUCACUGCCGCCUGCAAUCGGCUGCUUUUCUAUCUCUAAUUUUGUUUUGUUUUGAUGGGAGUGUGUGCUUUAUAAUGUGAAUAACAGUGGAGUAUGUGUCAUACAUCUGUAAAAACAGCUCUGUGAACUUUCCACAUACUAAUUGUGAUCACUAUGAAGGCUUUUAAUCGUGCAAUAUGUCAUGUACAGUUAUUGUGAAGGUUUUGUUUGUGAUAUUAUAUUAUUAUUAUUAUUAUAGAUUUUUAUUUUUACCAACAAUAGACUAGAGCAUUUAUAAGCAAUAAAUUA